GCCCCCUUCAUGCUGCACGUCCACAGCCAAUGGGCUAUUUAUUCUGCCCUCUAGUCCCCACAUCUUCAGCCUUCCCCCCACUUGUAAGGAAACCGCGAAACCAGGCAUAUAUGGAAGUGUUCUGAGGAUCUCCCAGGUCGGGAGCAUUGGUGGUGAGUGAGAAAGAUGAGGAGAAAAGAGACUUUGUCUCUCCUGUGUGCUCAGGCAGAGCAAAGUGUCGGUUCAGAUGUACCAGUCACAGGUGGCAAAGCUGAAGGACGACAUCUCCAAAGAGGCCGAAGAAAAGGCGCUGCUGAAGGAGGCCCUGGUGCACAUGGAAGAGCGGCUGCACCGGGAGAAGAGGGUCACCAGGGCGAUCAGGCAGCAGAAGGGAGCUUCCUGCCAGCUGACGCCUUCCCCGGUCCUCCCAAAGCCGCCAGCUCUUAUGGGAUGCGCUCUUCUCUUUGGUGAAUAUGACUCGGCCACGGCCAAGAAAGGACCCAGAUACCUUUUGUGAAUGGGCUAAGGCUGGGAUUUUCAAGAGGAAAUUUUUAAACGCACAGAAGUUGCCACUUGGGAAGCACGCAAGCCCUUUCUCAGGGCUUGAAGUGGAAGAAAGGCUGAAGGGCACCGGCUGCUUCUGGCAGGAGAAGCCGCUCAGCUCUCCUGCCAAUCAAAUCUCCAGCCAAUCAAGUCCUGGCUAGGGGGCGUGACCACCGCUUUGUCUUGUGGUCUCAGCCAGGAGAAGCCCCUAACCUUCCCUCUGCUUAAUUAGCUCAGAUCCUUCUUCUUUAAGA